GCAGACUGCAGAUGAGAGCGUCUGGAGCAGAGACAAUUUUAACUUAGCCAUUCCUAAUUUAUCUCCAGCUUUUCCAAUUCAUCUUCACUGCUCUAUGCACGUUGGAACACCAGAUUGUCCUCCCCUGGGAACAGAAUGCGACCGGGGAUCUAGAGAUCUGUCACACUGCGAGAAAUAGCCAAACUGUGCUGAUUUUCUUCUGGAGAACUGAGCACAGGGAAUGAAACUCUCCAUCCAGUCCUAGCCUUGCGGGCAAUAGAUCAGAGGAUACUGCCAGUUUGCUAAUGGAUUAUUGUUGACGGGCAGGUUCUUUCUGAAAGGUUUUCAGCUGCUGUUUCAUCCAUCCUGGAUGGGUGAGAAGCUGGAAAGGAGAUUGUUGGAGUGGCAUAUAAAAUAAAAGAAUUCGGGGCAAAAACUUGGGUUGGAACUCUCUAAGCCUAUUACGGAUUGCAGCUGGCCAUUAUUCCAUGGGCAUCCUGUGAGACCUAAGUUGUUGGCAUGCGUCACAUUAUUCUCACCUAAAACUGUGAACCCUAACAGAAUUCAAGAAAAAUAAUAGCAACUGAAGAUCACAAGUUUCUUUCUCUGGAUGUGGAUAGGGUUAUUUCUCAUAAAUUCCUCUGGAUUGACCUGGAUCAUUGCAUUGCUCUAUCUUGGAGUUGGCAAGACCUGGAUUUAUUGGAUGCUUCUGAUACUUGCAACCUAUGUGACCAUGGGGUCAUGGCAUGCUGUUUAAUCAGAAGAUGUAAUCAUGGAGAUACAGAAAUGAUAUAGUGCUUCAGAAACACCAAUAUCUGAUUCCUAGAAUUUUUUUCAAGGAUUGUUCAAGGACCACUUCUACAUGAAUCAAUUUCUGACCCUGUUUUUAGAACUCUCUACCUCUUGAAUUUACUUUCUGUAAAGAAGAUAUAAAUUUAUUUUCUACCAUAGAUUAAUCCAGCAUCUACAUCCUUAAUUAUUAGAAAUCAGAUGAAAAUCUCAUAAAACAAAAGAGGAGACAGUGUAUGUAUUUCUUCAAAUGAGACUUAUUUCAUAACAUUGGAUAAAAUGAGAUGCUUGCGGAAAAGAUCAGCAGUGUCAUUCUUAGGACUUCUUGUUAUUUGUCUUCUUUUCAUGAAUUUGUACAUUGAAGAUGGGUAUGUUUUGAAGGGAGACAAACAGCUCAUUAGAGAAACAUCCACACAUCAACUGAAUUCAGAACGUUAUGUGCACACUUUUAAAGAUUUAUCUAAUUUCUCAGGAGCCAUAAAUGUCACCUAUCGCUAUCUAGCUGGCACUCCUUUACCAAGAAAAAAGUACCUAACAGUUGGACUUUCAUCAGUCAAAAGAAAAAAAGGAAAUUAUUUGCUUGAAACGAUCAAGUCUAUAUUUGAGCAAUCCAGUUAUGAAGAACUGAAGGAAAUUGCAGUGGUGGUUCAUCUAGCUGAUUUCGACUUACCUUGGUGUGACAGUAUAGUCAGAGAUAUUACACAGAAAUUUGCUCACCACAUUAUCGCUGGACGAUUAAUGGUCAUACAUGCUCCUGAGGAAUAUUACCCAAUGUUGGAUGGCCUUAAACGAAAUUAUAAUGAUCCAAAUGACCGCGUCAAGUUUCGAUCCAAGCAGAAUGUGGAUUAUGCUUUCCUUCUUAAUUUUUGUGCCAAUAUUUCAGAUUAUUAUGUAAUGUUAGAAGAUGAUGUUCGAUGUUCUAAAAACUUCUUGUCUGCCAUUAAGAAAGUGAUUACAUCACGAGAAGGUUCUUACUGGGUGACUCUGGAAUUUUCCAAGCUUGGAUACAUUGGAAAACUCUAUCAUUCCCAUGAUCUCCCGAGACUGGCACAUUUUUUGUUAAUGUUUUACCAAGAAAUGCCUUGUGAUUGGCUAUUGAUCCAUUUCCGUAGUCUCUUGGCUCAAAAAGAAGUAAUGCGCUUUAAACCAUCCCUGUUUCAACAUAUAGGAUAUUAUUCCUCAUACAAAGGAACAGAGAACAAAUUAAAGGAUGACGACUUUGAAGAGGAUUCAUUUGAUAUCCCUGACAAUCCACCUGCAGAGCUAUAUACAAAUAUGAAUGUAUUUGAAAAUUAUGAUGUAAGCAAAGCAUAUAGCAGUGUUGACGAGUACUUUUGGUCCAAAGCACCCACAGUAGGGGAUUAUUUUGUAAUUAUAUUUGAGAAGCCCAUUAAUAUCAGCAAAAUUAAAGUGAGUACUGGAACAGAAGAUCGACAAAAUGACAUUUUGCAUCAUGGAGCCCUGGAAGUUGGGGAAAAUGUUGGAUGGAGCAAAAAGGGAAAACAGUGUGCCACUUACUUGAGACUAGGCGAAUUCCAAAAUGGAAACUUUGAAAUGGCAGAUGUGAAGCACAAAGUUCCAUUUGAUAUUCACUGUAUAAGAAUACUUGCUACCAGAACACAAAAGGAAUGGCUGAUUAUUAGGAGUGUUAGUAUUUGGACCUUUCAGCCAAUAAAUCAAUGACUCCAUUUUACCGAACUACGUCUUCCUUUCUAAUAGGGGAGUGCAUAAUAUCACUUGGUUAGCAACAGGUGCUAUUCCCCAAAGGAUGACUUAAUUUUGUUUAAAGUGGAAAUCUGGAACAUUGUAACACAAACAAAAGCAAUUUAUUUUUUACUAGUUCAGCCAGGCAAUAUAUAAACAUCAGUUUGUUGGUAUGUUUUGAAUUUUGUAGUAAAAAAAAAAGUUUUCAUUCAUGUCUUUGAGUCCCCAAAAUCCUUCUUUGUGGUUAUCUUUGACUUAUCAAGAGAAGACAAUGUUUGAAAUAUAAGAAAAAUCCUCAUUGAAAUUGGUAGCUUUGAUUAAACAUUGUCAAAAUAAUUUGACUUCAUUAUAUCUGUGUAUUAAAGUUGAUGAAAGUUGAUAUUUUAUGCCAUGGUUAAUGUUGCUUUCAUUUUAAAGACAGUUUUAAUAAUGUAAUCUUAUUAGUGUGUUGCCAGUUGUAUUUGAAUGCAAAAAAGAAAUGAUGUGGAUUAAUAUGACACAUUUGAAAUGUGAAGACUGAUAUGUUAAUUUAGUUGGACAGUGAUUAUUGAAAAAUAAUUGUUGACAGUGUGGUUAAUUCUGUGGUAGAACCUUGGGUCCAAUUUAUUCAUCAAAUAGUAUAUAUUAAGCUCUGCUGUCAAGUAGAGGUGGAAUUGAUCUGAAUGAUAAUUUGAUUUCGCUGCUGGGGAACUUAAGUUCCUAGUGGCUUCCAGCCUAGCCCUCAUCAAUCAUAUUUGAAAUGAACAAUGCCACUAAAAAUUGAUGCCUUUUUAGAAGAGUUCCACAGGUGGGAGGAACCCAUCCCAAUGAUUUGUAAUGAUGGUAAAAUGAUUUUCAUGACAUUCUUUUCAAAAAUAAUAUUGAAUAUCUAUUGUUUUAAGAUUUAUUUUCCUGAAAGUAUAUUCUCUACAAUUACUUUUGAAAGAAAACAAAAGCAAACACUAAACUUGGAUUGUGAUAACUAAAUUGAUCAUCUCAAAAGGAAAAAAGAGAAUAAAAAUAGUCUUUAUCUGGUUUAGUCUUUUUAUAAUUUCAUAGUAGGGAAAGUAAGCACAUUUGAAAUUUGGAAUUAAAUGUUUAUUAAAAAUCAAUAUAAAUGAAGAAAGAUUAAACCUAUCAGUGUUGAGCACACCACCCAACAUAUAAUCUGCCUUUAAAUAAUGUAGUGGACAGAGUUCUGGAACUGGAGUUAUGAAGACCUAUAUUCAGUUCCUGACUCAGAAAUUUACUAGAUAUAUGAUCUUUAGAAAUUCACAUAAUUUGCUAUGCUUUUGUUUCCUCCUCCAUAAAGUGGAAAAUAAUAGUAUCUAAUUCACAGAGUUGUUGUGAAUUUCAAAUGAGUUCAUAUCUUUAAAUUGUUUUGUAAUACAUGAAGUGCCAUAUAUGUACUAAUUACUUGUAUUUAUCAUUAUUAUUAUAUGAUACACUGUCAUAGAAUAGGUUUAGAGAUGGAAUGAUCCUUUGGAAUCUUAUAAUCCAUCCCCUAAUUUUAUAAAGAAGAAAUCUGUGGUUCAAAAAGAUUAAACAUAUCACCCAUAGUAACCCAACCAAUUCCAAUAGUGUCCCAGGCUAGAAAUAAAAUCACCUGAUUCUCAUUAGAAGACUUUUUCUAUGAUAGUAGAAAUGUCUUUACCCAAUUCUUGAGUUGAUUUAAUUUCCCUAUUGUCUAAUUUACACAGGCAAAACCUAAGAAAUCUUCCAUGGUACUAGAGAUUUAUUGAAAGUAUUAUUGUUCUAAUGCCAUCAACAUUUACCCAACAUACAUAAUAUUGCAAGCCUUUCUAAGAUUUCCAUCAGAGAAUAAUUUCAAUAGCAUCUAUAUGUUAUUGUUUUUCAGUUGUUUCAGUUGUGUCCAACCCUUCAUGAACUUAUUUGAAGUUUUCUUGGCAAAGAUACUGGAGUCAUUUGCCAUUUCCUUACUCAGCUCAUUUCAUAGAUGAGAAACUGAAAUAAACAGAAUGAAAUAACUUGCCCAGGGUCACACAGCUAGUAAGUUUCUGAGGCCAUAUUUGAACUCAGGAAGAAGGAGUCUUCCUAAUUUCAGGCCAAGCAUUCUAUUCACUGUGCCACCUAGAUGCCUUGUACUUUUUUCAAAAAUAAAAUAUGAGGACACUGUCCUCUCCCAUCAA